AUGACGAUCCUCGCUUGGAACUGCCGUGGAUUGGGCCGUCCACGGACAGUUCAGGAUCUGGUUCGUUUGGUCCAUCUGCAUCAGCCUAAGAUCGUCUUCCUCUCUGAAACCUGUCAAAGGAAGAAUGUGACCGAGAACCUACGCUGGCGUCUUGGUCUAAAGAAUGCCAUCAAGGUCUGCAACGACACCAAGGACGGCGGACUUGCGCUGUUUUGGGACGACUCCGUCCAUGUCUCUCUGAACAAGCUUGGGAACUGUUUCAUCGAUGUCUUUGUAUCCCUUACCCAAAAUGAAAUAACAUGGCGAUGCACCUUUGUCUAUGGCGAGCCUCAGGCUCAUCUCCAUCACCUCAUGUGGGAGUUACUUCGUCGCCUUAAACCUAUGGGGCAGGCGCCCUGGUGCAUGAUAGGCGACUUCAACGAAACGAUGUGGCAACACGAGCAUCUCUCCAACGCCAAGAGAAACGAGAGACAGAUGCAGAACUUUCGCGAUAUCCUGUCCUUCUGCGAUCUCCAUGACCUGGGCUUCUCGGGCACAGACUGGACAUACGACAACAACCGACAGGGCCAUCGCAAUGUCCGGGUGAGACUCGAUCGGGCGGUGGCCUGCUCGGAGUGGCAAAACGUCUUCCCUACUGCUAAGGUCAGCCACAACGUUAGCACCUGCUCUAAUCACUCCCCUAUUCUCCUUUCCUGUGAUACCCCUCCUGCGGUGAUGUUCGCUAAUCGCAGCCGCAGGUACGAGCUGACUUGGGAAAGGGAAGGGGAUCUCGCGCUCCAGGUUGAGACCGCGUGGGGACCACCAAUCCAGUACGGCGACCUCGGUGAUAUCGGCCAGAAGCUGGGGAAAACCAUGGAACACCUUCAGAGCUGGGGGGAAGAAAUCCUGCGGCGCCAUCUCUAA